AUGCCUGCUUUGUAUCCAAGAAAAGCUGUUAAAUGCGCCUUUUUGCUGGGAUCGUCCUUUGGAAAAGACUUGACCUUUCCGCGGUGUCUUCGUGCGCGCUUACGCGGAAGGAAACCCAGAGAACCAUGGCGUGGAGCCUCAAACUUUCGACCCUUGUCUCAGGAAUUAGAAAAGUAUUCCAACUUCCCAAGUUAUUAUUCCGAUACUUUGGACAAUUCGGCCCGAAAUCCGAUCGUCAUUGACGACGACGAGGGAAUUGAAAACGUUCAAGAACACGAACAGGACUUGAACGGGGACGUAAAAAUGGAUGAUCUUACAAGUGGUUCGGAUAGCGAUUACACAAAAUACUGGAUCGACUGGUUUUUGUCCACAAAGGGAAACGAAUAUUUUUGCGAAGUUGACGAGGAGUAUAUACUUGACCGAUUUAAUUUGACAGGAUUGAAUUCAGAAGUUCAACAUUAUGCUCAGGCUCUUGAUUUGAUAACUGACUCCUUGGAGGAGGAGCUUGAUGACGAGAUGCGUGAAGCCGUUGAAAAAUCCGCUCGUCAUUUAUACGGUUUGAUUCACGCGAGGUUCAUCAUCACAAGCCGAGGAUUGGCGAAAAUGCUCGAGAAGUACAAAAAAGCUGACUUCGGCCGCUGUCCGCGCGUUCUAUGCAACAAUCAACAAUUACUACCAGUUGGUCUUUCCGAUCAGCCCUAUACCAAAUCUGUAAAGUUGUACUGCCCUCGUUGCGAAGAUAUUUACAACCCCAAAUCCACACGACACGCCAGUAUCGAUGGAGCAUAUUACGGAACUACGUUUCCUCAUAUGUUUUUCCAAGUCUAUCCGCAUCUGCUCCCUCUUAAGAGUAACGAACGAUAUGUGCCAAAGAUAUUUGGUUUCAAAAUUCAUGAUAUUGCCAAACAGCAUCGUUGGCAAGAUCAACAAAGGGAAGAACAGCAAAGGCGAAUUACCACGGGGAAUGAGGGGAACAAUAACACCUAG